AUGCAGCAAAUGAUAAUUUUUAUUGACAUUUUCUUUUUGGCAGAAAUUUCCAUGCUUGACUAAUAUGGACUUUUCAUAUAACCAACAUAUCAUUGAAAUACCUGAUGUGUCCGAACUUCAGAAUCUAAGAGAAUUGAGACUUGAUCAUUGUAGAAACCUAAUUGCAGUCCAUCAAUCUGUUGGAUUUUUGAAAAGGCUUUCUCAUUUAAGUGUUUCAGAAUGCACAAAACUUCAAAAUUUCCUGUCCAGAAUGUUUCUACCAUCUCUACAAAUCUUUAAUCUUAACUUUUGUGAAAGCCUUGGUUACUUCCCAGAGAUAAUGAAAGAAAUGACAAAGCCAUUGAAGAUUCAUAUGAUAAAUACUGCUGUUCAAGAGCUUCCAGAAUCCAUUAGUAAACUUACUGGGCUUGUUUCCAUAGACAUAUCGAAUAACAGGGAACUUAAAUAUCUACCGAGGAGCUUAUUCAUGUUGCCAAAUGUUGAUUCUUUCAUAAUCAAAGCAUGUUCCAAACUUGGAGAAUCCAUCAGAAGUUUGGUGCAACACCCUUAAAAAGCCAAUGUUCAUCAAAAAUUACGAUUACUGAAUUUCGAAAAUGGAAACUUGUCAGAUGCAGAUCUUCUUGCAAUUAUUUGUUACUUUCCAAAAUUAGAAGAAUUGAUUGUUUCAGAGAACAAUUUUGUAUCUAUUCCUUCAUGCAUAAAGGAAUGUGGUGACUUGACAAGUCUCGAUUUGAAUGGAUGUAAGAAGCUUAAAAAAAUUCCUGAACUCACUAGCUUGAGAAUUCUUGAUGUUCAUGAUUGUCUAUACCUCGAAGAAAUUUCAGAGUUGCCGUCUACUGUUCAGAAAGUAGAUGCAAGAUUUUGUUUCAAAUUAACAAAAGAGACAUCAGACAUGUUAUGGUAUCAGGUGAAGAAAGGGGUAGGAGGAAUAGAAAUGGUGAUGCCAUUUAUAACAGAGAUUCCAGAAUGGUUUAACUUUGUGGGGGUGGGAAGGAUUCCUAGUUUCUGGGUUCGUGGCAAGUUCCCUAAGAUUGUUGUAGCCAUGAUCUUCCACUUCCAAAAUGAGAGUCAAAGGGACAGAUACGAUGGUCGUGGCCUUGUUGAUCUGCGUUUACUAAUCAACGGGCGAUAUGCUCCUCGAAAAGGGUAUCGGAACUUUAGAAUUGAGGCAGAGCACAUCUUGUUGUGUGAUGUAGGAGUUUUGUGCAGCGAGAAGGAGUGGGUUGGCAAUGCAGUUAUGGAGCAUGAGUGGAAUCUGGUGAAGGUUUCGUAUGAUGCGACGUCGUCGUUGAUGAUAAGUGGUUGGGGAGCGUUUGUGUUUGAAGAAGGAACGAAUAUGGAAGAUCUCCUGUUCGCCAGUCCCAAUAACUUGAUU